UGCAAAGCAGCCGGCCAAGUCUUCAGCUCCUGAUUCCCAUCCAUAGCAAUUAAUCUGCCCUGGAGGGAGGCCCCAUAGCAACAAUGCCUCUGUGUGCCUGGGGUGGGUUGCCCUGCUUUGAAAUGCAGGAGGAAGAAGACGGGAAUGUUCGGGCCCCGGUGGAGACUCCACACCUGCCUGGUAAUCAUUAAUGUGGGCAACAGCAGUGCUGGGCAGCCCCUCCGGAGUGGUGCAGACUAGUUCUGAGCGGCAACAUGGCACGUCCCCGGGGCCCUGUUCUGCGCGGUACAUCUUAGGGAAGACCCAGGUGUUUGAAGCUCUCCCAGGCUGAGCGGAGGCAGGUCCAACGUCGGGGGCCCCACCAGAAGCCAGAAGACGUUCUUCCCUCGCAAGCAUGAAGCAGGCUGCUUUUUGGACCGCCCUGGACUUGACGUGCCGUCUGCUGGGGGUCGCCACCGGAGCAGUGCUCAUUGGGGUGGGGGCCCAGACGUUGCUGCAGGGGCAGUUCAAAAGCCUGGCCGUCUACUUGCUUUUUUCAGGAGUGGCCGUUUCAGUGUACGAAGCUGCGUAUUUCGCCAGCGUGCUCCUGGCAGCCUGCUCCACCCUCCCAGUGAGAUUCUCGAUGCACGCCUGCUGGAAGGAGGUCAGGCGCUGCAGGGCCUUCCAGAAGUUCCUGACGUAUGUGCUGCUGUCGGUCGCUUGCUUCCUGCACCCUGUGCUCGUCUGGCAUGUCACCAUCCCAGGGACAAUGUUGGUGCUGACUGGCUUGGCCUACUUCCUACUCAGCAAGCGGCACAAAGAAACAGCGGCCAGUGGACCGUUGGACCAGUGCUCUGACACCUGUGGUGCUUCCGCAGCCGAGACAAGUGUUGACGACACAGAGCGGACAUACACUUUCCCCGGAGGAUCACACAGAGGGCAACGGGGCACCCUCCUUGGAUAUGUACAGAGCAUCCUCAGAGGUUGCCAGGGCCAGGAAGGUGUGGUGAACUCUUCCAAUAGAACGACGGUGAGGCGGCAGGUGUACUUGCAACAGAAGGCCGUGAACAUUGUCCUCUCUGUCCAAGACAACGCUGGGAGCCUGGCUGAGGAAAGCACGUCCGACACAGUCCCCAUCCUCGGCCCCACGGCCAUGACAUCCCCAUAGGAGAGGCAGCCUUUCCUGCCACCUGCAAGAGUCUGAAGAAGAGAUGGGCUUUGCUGUUAGUUUAGCCACUGGUGCCGCUGACCCCUCUCUUGGACUCCCUCCCCAUCUUCCCAGAACUGGGCUUUUGAGAGCAGUCAGAGAUCCCCACUGGCUGCAGGUAGCUCAGGAUUGUUCCCCCAGGACCCACCAGCCAGCCAGCCCAUAUAACGAUGUUUCACUUAGUUCUUUGGUGUCUCCAAAGGUUUCUUGGCUUUUCCAGGCUUCCUUGUUAUUUGGGUUUCUAGCAAUUAUCAGUUCUGACAGGAACCGCAGAAGAAGCCGUGCCCAGUUCUGGGGGUUGGAGCCCGAGUCGUGUUACAGAAAAGUCUGUUGCUGGAGCAGAAACAUAAAGAAGGACAGAUUCUCCCGGCUUGCAGUUUCCACCUGCUGUCCUUCAUCCAAGGAGCUGCGUACAUGGAUUUUUGCUCCUCUCUGUUAUCUUCAUGAUAACCCUGUGAGGUAGGCAGAGGUGCAGCUGAAUAGGAGAGCGCCCAGGGCGGACUCAGUGUUUUCUACACCCGCCCCCACCCCUCGUGACCCUGCCCCUCCCCUGCAGCCCCUCUCCUCACGCCCCCCCCCCCCCUUAUCUUUUCCAGCCGGCAGAAAACAGCUUUCUGCCAGCAGAAAACAGGCCAGGGUGGUGGGUGGGACCAGGCCUAGCGAGGCAGGGCGGGGCGAGGGAGAAGGGGUCAGUGUUGGGGGGCGAUUUUCUCACCCCCCAGGCGCAUGCCCAGUGCAACGUGCGCCCCCCUGCCCCCUUGUAGCUACUGGAGGUAGGGAAGACCAGGCAGGAUUGAUUGGCUCAAGAUUGCCCAGAGAGCUUCAUCAGACAGGAGGGAUCUUCACACCCACCCACCCACCCUGCCAUAUGCCACGCCAUGUGCCAUGCUAGCACUCUGCUGGCAGGAGAAUGUCAGGGGGAUUGAAUUUAAAUAAUUAAAAUAUAUUCCUUUUUCAUUAUAAUUAUUUAAUAUUAUAAAUCAAAUAUUAUUAAAAGAUAUAUGUAUGUAUGUAAUAUGUAUAAUCAGCCUGUAAUAUAUAUCACUGCCAUCUGGGACAUUCUUUUCUUAAUCUUUUCUUUAAGACUUUAUAAACUUUAUAAAUAAUUAGACUUUUUCCUAAUGCUCCGAUCUCAUGAAAAAUAGAAUCAUAUCCAUUAUCUUGUGGGGGUAGGAAAAUAAAUCACUCUUUUUUACUAUUUACCAUUAACUUUGGGGCAUCUUAACUCCUGGGGCUAUUUUUCAUAAUUUCUUUAAAAUUUGCGGGGGGGUGGGGGGACCUUACUGAGUCCUGCGGGGACAGGGCAGGAUAUAAAUCUGAAAAUAAAAAAAAAACAAAUAAAAGGAAUAAUGAAAGCCAGAUUUCCCCGGAACUGGGUUUACCAAACUUUAAUAUUCUAAUACUUUUCAAUAAACACUACUAAUCAACCAUACAAAAUCCAUUUGUUGACUUAAAAUUCAAAACCUAACAUGAAGCCGGUUCUGCUGGACACCCUUCCAUUCCUAGUACCCUGGAUGAAACUAUGGACAAAGAAACUAACGUCAAUAGUGAUUCAGGCAGCAGCAGUGGGGCCCAAACGCUGGGCGAGCGCUAGUCAACUGCACAGCUAAUCAACUAUAAUCAACUACAAAAUCCAUUUGUUGACUUAAGAUUCAAACCCAAACAGAGAGUUGCCAGCAGGGGCUGGAAUUCCUAGACAAGGUUGCAGAGAACAGUUGCCCUGCAGAAUAGGGUUGCUUUGGAGGGUGGGGUCAAUGACCCCCCACCCCAAUACGGGCCCCACUCUUCCAACCCACUCUCCCCAAGUUCCACCCCUAAAUUUCCAGAUAUAUUCCCACCCCCGCCCACCCCCACAGUUUACAACUCCAUGGGGGUCAGGGAUGCCAGCCUCCAGGUGGGGCUGGGGAUCUUUCAGUAUUGCCACUCAGGGAUGAAAUUUGGAGGUUGGACUCUCUGGCCUUGUGCUCCACUGAGGUCCCCGUCCUGACCAGGGUCCACCCCCAAAUCUCCAGGAGAUUCCAAGUCUGGAGCUGGCAACCCUCCCCACACACCCUGCCAGUGGGUGGGGGGACCUGUGGAGCUUCCAGAGGGCAGAAUUUGAGGAGGGAAAGGACUUCAGUGGGGCAUGAUGCCAUACAGCCUGCACUCCAAAUCAGUUUUUUUUCCUUCUGAUCUCUAUUGUUUGGAGACCAAUUGUACUACUGGGAGAUCUCCAGGCUGCACCUGGAGGAUGGCAAGCCUAACUGUAAGCAAGCCAGCUCCCUUCCCCUUCCCCUCCCCUCCCUCCCCUUUCCCCCAGUGUGGGUGUGCCGUGACCACAGGAUGUGCCCCCUUCCCUAUCCCUAGCCCUCCCCUCCCCCUCCUCAGGGUGGUUGGGCCAUGACCGGAUAAAGGAGCUCUUCCCCAUCUCCUUCCCCCACCCUUCCCCUCUUUAACCCUCCUCCCCAGGAUCGGUGGGCCACGAUCAGAUGACAGGCCCUGCCACAGAGGCGGAGCAAGGGGAAACUCCUCCCAGGGCACGCACGCUGUGCCCCUGUUGCAGCACCGCCCGUCCUGGAACGCUCCCUCUGCGGCCUGGCCACGCUUCUGCUGCCACUCUGCCUGGGGCUUUGCGCCCCACCCUGCCCCGUUGGCGUUACGCCCAUGCCCCUGCCCCACCCCCUCUCCCCUCCUUAACCCUUUCCCUCUGUCACUUCCAGGGUUUCCUCACGCACUGCUCUGAAUUCGCUCGCUGCUCAGAAUUAAGUGUCGGCCCAGGGCUACGUUUAAGUUCUCCUACAGAGUUGAAUUGUAUUUCUCUGACCUUGUUCAAAUGUCUCCAUUACCCUGAAUAAUAAGCCUGACUUACUGUAACUGGGCAUUAAAAUGAUGAUCUUA